AUGAACGCAGAACCGAAUUAUGCACUCGCCUUUGGCCACUACAUCAGUCCAACAACCACGGUCCCAAAAAAAGGAAUAACUGUCAACAUAAAACGUGAACGUACGAAUCAAACAUGUGUUUCCAUUUUUAUGGGAUUAUUGACCACCACUCUUGGAUAUCUCACCGACACAACCACUGAUGUCAUGGAACACAUGCUAACAUAUCAUGACAUUACCUUAUCCGCCGCGAUAAACAUCGUAGAGCGUACUAACGAGUACGUUCACGCUAUUGUCUCUAAUCUAACCGAACACCAAGAUACAGACUUCGACGUGGUAGUGAAUAUAACAGAUUACAGCCCUGAGUCCAUCCACAGACUUGACGUUGACAUAGCUACUAUCAACCGCGAGAUGACCGUCAGGGAUGCAACAUCCGAUGAAGAAGAUGAUCUCUGCACCAUCUGCUUUGAACAAUUUGGGAAAAACGGUACUGUCAACACGCUAGACUGCGACCAUGUCUUCCAUCACAAAUGCAUUGUAUCCUGGAUUCGCAUGAGAUUAACGUGUCCAACUUGCCGUGUUGCAGUUAGAUAA